AUGCAUGUUCUCUACGUGUCUGUGCUUCUUUAUUUUCUUCUCCUCGGCUUCCCGUCUCCUACAGGAGCAGAGGAGAGCGAUGGGGUCGGUAGAAGAGGUGUGAGGGAGAAACGAAGCCUUCCCUACUGGGGCCUGUGGGCAUCAGACUUUUUCGGGUGGCUGGAAGAGCUGCGAGCCCAGGCAGCUCACGACGGGAUGCAGGACCUGGCACGCACCUUCUGGGCUCACUUUCCCAUCAGCAGGGAGCUGGGCUACGAUAGUCCAGAGUCUGACACUCAAAAUGAGGAGUGA